AUGAACGUGAAAAUGGGGGACGAGAAAUGUAAAGAUGCGAAUUGCACUCUCGUCUCGAUGCCACUCGAAAAAUCGCUCUUCUCAGGGACACGGGGACAAAUCUUGGUGCACAAAACGGAUUGCUCGCCUGCCGGGCAAUGGAAACAGGAAAUAGUUGAUACCCCGGUUGGCGUCUCGUUGUUGUUGCUGCUCGUUCCGCACGUUUUCCUCGCCAACGCUGAGAUUUUCCUUGUUCACGCGGCGCUCAACUUUGCCUACACGCAAACUCCAUAUUUGGUGAAAGACGUGAUUUUGAUUUUCUGGCACUUCUACGCUUUAAUGGGCAUCGGUUUUCAUUGGAUUUUCGGAAUUUUCGAGCACAAAACGAUUGACACGAUCGGGGGAGCGGCGACUUUGUUGACGAGCCUCCUGAGGGUGCUCCUCGAGUUGGGAAUGAUCAUCGUGACGGCGCUGUACGUGCUCCGUCAAUUGCUCAAAUACGAACGAGUCGCCUCGAGAUUGCUUUCGGAAGAAGUGAAUAAUCUGGACGAGGAAUGUCAACAAUACAAUCGGUUAACGGGGCGAAAUAACUCUACGACAUCACGAAAGAUGAACAACGAAAUGAGACGAGUUUCCGACGAUGAGGAUGGCGAGGGAAUGGAGGAUUGCGCUUUGGCUCUCGAAACGUGGCACUCGGCGACAACAGAAGAAGAGGAAGAUGUAGAAGAUGAUGAAGAAGGAGAAGAAGAUGAUGAUGAUGAAGAAGCAGAUGAAGAAGAAGAAGAUGAUGAAGGAGAAGAAGAAGAAGAUGAUGAAGAAGAAGAUGAUGAAGAAGAAGAGGAAGAAGAUGAAGAAGAUGAUGAUGAAGAAGAAAAUGAGGAAGAAAGAAAUGGAAAGGAAACGAAACGAAAAGGAGAAAAAAAAUUUAGACAAAAUUUAGCUUUUUUA